ACACACACCGGACUGGACUUAGUCCUCCAUUUUAUCCCCCUUUCAUUGAGGUAUUUAAAUCUUUCCGUCCAUAGACGAGUUGUUGUUUCGAGUAUAAACAGUUUUUUUUUUUGGAAACAUCUUGAUCCGCUUCGUAGUUUGGUGUGUGCGUCUGUUAACCGCCCUUUUUUGUUUUCAUCCGCCAAUUAAAAACAAGUUGUGGUUUGUUUGGACAAGUUGAGGCAAAUUGCAUGCCAAUCAAGGACUAAAUUUCACAUGGUGUACCGUGCCACCACCUAUUAACCGAGUUUUACGUUUGAUCAAAGGGUCUGGUCAGGUGUAAGGUCCUAUGCAAUUCGUUUAAGAUUGUUUAAGGGGAACAGCACGCAACAUGGUGACACUGACAGCUAUCGUCGCUCCUCUCGGUCGGCAGAUCCACAGACAUCUGCUAAAACAUGUAAGGAGCCAGCGUUUGAUACCUGCUCGGGGUUGUAGCCUGUCUGCCUGCUCAAGCAAAUUUGCUUUGACUCAAGUGCACCCGAUGUGGCAGGAGCCACUCGAUAUUCCCGGUGGAGACAAACAGUCACCCAUUGACAUCGCGGUGCGCAAAAGCGUCUUUGACCCGCGACUGAAACCCUUGAAAGUGCAGUAUGACCCCAGAAGCUGCCAGCAGAUCUGGAACAACGGCUACUCUUUCCUAGUCGAGUAUGACGACACCACCGACAAAUCCACUUUGCAGGGAGGACCGCUGGAGGAUCAGUUCAGACUGUGCCAGUUUCAUUUCCACUGGGGUGAGACCAAUGCCUGGGGCUCAGAGCACUCUAUAGAUCGACGCCUUUACCCCGCUGAGCUUCACCUGGUCCACUGGAAUUCUGAUAAGUACAGUUUGUUCGAAGAAGCUGUUGUGGAGGAAAAUGGAUUAGCUGUUAUUGGAGUUUUUCUGAAGGUUGGAAAGAGGCAUGAGGGUUUGCAGAAACUGGUGGAUGCCUUGCCUGCCGUAAGACACAAGGACAGCCUGGUCGAGUUUACCAAGUUCGACCCUGCAUGUCUUCUCCCGAAGAACAUUGAUGACUAUUGGACAUACGCAGGCUCUCUGACCACUCCUCCUCUUACCGAGGCCGUGACAUGGAUUUUAAUGAAACAACAUAUUGAAGUCAGCCAUGAUCAGCUGGCGGUGUUUCGCAGUUUGCUGUUCACAUCUGCAGAGGAGCAGGAGCAGAGGAGUAUGGUCAACAACUUCCGCAUCCAGCAGGAUUUGAAGGAACGGACCAUCCGUUCCUCUUUCACCCCCUUCAUGCAAGACGCUCCUCCUAUGGAGUAACAUCCAACGAUUCACAACCUUACCUCCAAAAGAAAAAUAAACUAGGUCAUAACAUUCAUCAAGGGUUACUGAUAUCAAUAAGGUCUUAAACUAGAUUAUGCAAUGCUCGGUAUCAUUUUACCCAAUUCGUGAAACUGGUUGAAAGGGAUUAACAAAAUUAUAGGUAAGGACCUGUUAUACAACAUACUCAAGUUACUGUAGUAUGUGAAGGUUGCUCAUACAUGCCAUUGUCACUUUGAAUCCAGUACUAUUCAGUACAAAUACAGCAAAGUAUUGUAAUUUCAAAACAUAACACGCAUUGCCUCUGUCAGUUUAUUGGCUAGAUAUGUCCAUGAUUGAGGACAAAAUGCCCCCUCUUGUGGACAACUGACAGAUUACAAUACAUGCCUUGUUUUGAGGCACUGUUUUAUUUAGUAGCUUUUAAUAUUUAGCUGCUAAUCUAACUUGUUUACUGAGUUUUUUUUAAGCAUAAAGCUGCACAAUGCAAUGAUUAUUAUUUUUUUUUUUAUGUUAAACAAUCGUUUUAACAAAGUAUUUUAAGUAGAACUCCUCAACAUCUGUAGAGUUUGAACAUUGCAGUUUAAUUAAGACUAGAAAUGUAGUCUUUAUGAAAGUUGCAUUGUCGAUUAAGAGAGAUUAGGUGGAGUAUAUACGCACAAUUGUUUAAAUCAGUAGCAUUACUGUACUUUAUAUAUUUACUUCAAUGAUAAAAACAGAUUAUCCUCACCCAUAGUGCCUUUUUGUAUAUAAUGAAUGAUUUAUAAUUUGUGCGACUUAUCAGAUUAUUGAUAAAUGAAACAAUGUGAUUGGCCACAUUUGCCUAUGGGUAAACUGUAGGUGCCUACAGUACAAUAUUUUCGUUUUAGGAUUUGUUCAUCUCAUUUCGUAGACCUCAUGUUGGGCUCGUGUUCAUCAUUGUGCUGUCGUGUUAUUAAUUCAUCUGCAUUAAAUGUGUAUAUGUAGAUAGUGUUUGUCUCUAAUGAUGUCUUUUAGUAUUUGUUCUGUUUUUUAUUUCAUUUAUACUUUCAUGAGAGGGACCUUAUUUCUCCAUGAGAGGUGCACACGAGACCACUAAUAAUAUACAAUUGGGAACUACAUCAAGACCAAUUUAUAUUUCUGUUUUUGUGCUUUAUUGCAUUCCUUUUUUUUUUAAAUCAUUACUUUUGUUCAUAAGUUGUAGGAAAUGCAUCGUGGCGAGUUAAUAUGUAGAAAUAAGCUACAAUGUUAAAUUUGUAAAGCGAGGUGCAAAAAGAGCAGAAGUUGCAUGCCGUUUUUGAACAGACGCUGGUCUUUUGUGAUGGUUGAAUAGCAUUGUCCCUGUAUAAACUCUCCCUAAAAUGGCCUCUUCUCUGAAUGGGUUCUCUUCCCAUUGGUUUGAAAUUCAGAGUGAUACUAAGUAGAUUUGAAAGCUGGAUUUGUACUGUACAAACUCCGGGCUAUGGGAUGGCUGGGAUCUCAUCCCUCCACCUGCAUAAGUCCGCAGCCACAUUCUUUCGCAUCAGGGGGCAGGAACAAUGUUUUCUUAUUGAAGCUGGGGUGAAUAGCUUGUGGAGACAUCUUUUGUCGUUGGCUUUGAUAAAUGAACGAAAUGAUUCAUCUUAUGAAAAUGUUUUUUGUACCCUCUUCUGGAAAAUUUGUUAACUCAAGGUUUCUCAUUUCAGUACAAAUGAUGAAUUAACACUAUAACUUCAUAAUACAUGCAAACCUUUUGAUGGCAUAAUGUGUGCAAAAUAUUAUCUUGUAGCUUUGUAUUUGGAAAUUGAAUCUUUUCCAUCACUUUACUUUGGGCCAUGGGUCCCUACUUGGGUCACUACUUGUUUGACUUUUGGGCGGAUACAAAUUUGUGCCCCAGGGUUUUGUGCAGGAUGAGAGGGUUGCGCCGGAGGUUUAUGGAAGCCUCAUACCAGCAUUCACAGCAUGCACCAGAUGCUUGUUAGGUCCGGCACAGCUGCACUAUAAGGUGCAUGUUUUGGUGCACUAUGCACAGGAGGGACUGACAGCCCCAGGUUGGAAUUUCAACAAAUGUGUAUCGUAACCUCUCAUUCAUGCUGUCUGAAUUGUGUUAGUAUAUUUGUAAAUUUUAUGUGUUAACAUGAAAUAAAACUUUUUGAGCUCA